GAUGUGUCAGUAACCUAUGCAAAGCUAGCUCCCUCUGAUUAGCCACGUCAUGUAAACUUAGCAGCGGAGCAGCUCUGAAAUAAAGACAGUGAGGGGUCGCAGUUUUUUGGGGGGGAUAUCGGUUAAUUUUGAAAGAGGAGUUGUUUUUUCAGGGUUGUAAUUCGUCAGUAAUUGUAUGGAAACAUGUCGGACAUUGGGGACUGGUUCAGAAGCAUCCCUUUUGUCACCCGGUACUGGUUUGCUGCCUCGGUUGCUGUUCCCCUUAUUGGGAAACUAGGACUGAUUAAUUUCAGGAACCUCCUGCUGUUUCCCGAGCUGGUCUUUAGCAGAUUUCAUCUCUGGAGACCAGUGACAGCCACCUUGUAUUUCCCAGUAACCCCUUCUACUGGGUUUCUGUACCUGGUCAACCUCUAUUUCCUCUACCAGUACUCUUCUCGGCUAGAGACAGGGGUGUUUGAUGGCAGACCUGCAGACUAUAUCUUCAUGCUCUUCUUCAACUGGAUCUGCAUUGUUAUAACUGGGUUGCUGAUGAACAUGCAGCUGCUGAUGAUCCCACUGAUCAUGUCAGUGCUCUACGUCUGGGCUCAGUUCAACAAAGACACGAUUGUGUCCUUCUGGUUCGGGACACGAUUCAAGGCACAUUAUCUACCUUGGGUCAUCCUGGGCUUCAACUUCAUCAUUGGAGGCUCGUUUGUAGAUGAACUGACAGGGAACCUGGUGGGUCACCUCUACUUCUUCCUCAUGUUCAAAUACCCUGUGGACCUGGGAGGACGCUCCUUCCUCUCUACACCAGAGUUCUUGUAUCGGUUUUUCCCUAACAGGAGGGGAGGGGUGUCCGGCUUUGGAGUCCCUCCCACCAGGAGACCAGCUGCCCAGGAGCAUGCGGGGGCAGGCGGGGGAGGAGGAGGACGUCACAACUGGGGCCAAGGCUUCCGUCUGGGGGAUGAUUGAGAGGAGAGGAGAGAGCAGAGAGAGCCAACCCCCCCCUUUGCUCCCAAUAACAAACGGCUGUGCAGUUGAUGUAUCGGGUUAAAAUGCUUGCUUUUUCCAAUUUUUCAAAAAAAGAAAAAAAACCACAUCUUAUGUCAUGUUAAGUUUAGUUUAUAAAGAAGACACCAGGAAGAAAUUUGAAGAAGCACACAUUUUAAGCAAGACAGUGGCGCACAGCAGGACAGACAGACUCUGGCUAUAGGCUCAAAUUAAAGCCAGCACUACUAUUACUGCUACUGCAGGUUUGUCCAUGUGAAGCAGAUAAAAGAAAAUAUGAAUAAACUUAAUUUUUUUUUUUUUAAAUGAUGAUUCUUCUUGCCUCCCCUUUUCUUCUUCCUUUCUGUCCUCUUCUUUUUACCCCCCCUCCCCUCUGCCUUCUCUCCACACCCUGCCACCGGACUGUCAAGACAAGAGAUGUUGCAGCUGCACACCAGCAUGCUGUUGAUUUUGAUUCUUGUGUUCCCGUCCUUUCUCUCUCUGUGAUGCCAUAUCGGAUUACAUUGUAAUUACCUACACACUGGGAGUGUGCUCUCAACCACCCCUCCGCAGAACAUGGGCAAAGCUAUUUAGAGAGCGCUGUUUCCAUGUCUGAAUUUACAUGGGUGUAAAAUGUUUUUUUAAGCACAGACUUGAUCUUCCUCUGUCUUAAGAUCCGAUCUUAACCAAAAUGAGGUGAAGAUGGGAUUUUGCUCCUUUUUUUUGUAAAUAUAACUUGUUUAUUGAAAGGA